AUAUAUUGCAACAUUUUUACUUGAAUAUAAUCGCAUAAACACAAAUAAAGAGCAAAGAAAUAAAGAAAUGGAAUCAAAAUCCCAUAAAAUUUGGUGGUCUAAAGUUACAGUGAAGAACCCUAAGAAUGUGUUUUUGGGUAAAAGGAAAUGGAAUUCAUAUGAUAUUGGGAAUUUAAUUCUAUUAAUAGUAUUCCAUGGAUUAGCUUUGUUUGCUCCAUUUACCUUUAAUUGGAAAGUUUUUUUGGUGUCUGCAAUUUUAACUUUCAUAACUGGAGUGUGUGGUGUUACCCUUUCUUAUCACCGUAAUUUGUCUCAUAGGAGUUUUAAGUUGCCUAAAUUGCUCGAGUACUUCUUUGCUUAUUGCGGCCUUCUUGCCUUCCAGGGAGAUCCAAUUGGGUGGGUGAGCAUACACAGAUAUCAUCAUCAAUUUACUGAUUUAGAUCAAGAUCCACAUAGUCCAAUCAAGGGAUUUUGGUUUAGCCACUUCACUUGGCUAAUUGAUACCGAGCCCACUGCUAAAAGGCCUGCAGGAAAUUUUGGCGAAAACAAGCCACUGUCUCUCAAAAAUUCUAAACCCCAGCAAGGCAUAUCACUUUUUGGUUUAUCGUUUGGCCACCCUGAGUAUGGCAAUGUGAAAGACAUGCAGAACCAGCCUUUUUAUAUGUUUCUUAGAAACACAUAUAUUUUACAUGUACUUACAUUUGGACUGCUUCUUUACACUUUAGGAGGAUUUCCCUACUUUGUGUGGGGUAUGGGAGUACGAUUUGUAUACUUGACUCACGUAACAGGACUUUUGAGCUCAGUUUGUCAUGUGUGGGGAAAUCAAAUUUGGAAUACCGAUGAUUUAUCCAAAAACAAUUGGUGGGUUGGAUUGGUUGCGGCCGGUGAAGGUUGGCACAACAAUCACCAUGCUUUUCCAUACUCUGCUCGACAUGGUUUAGAGUGGUGGCAAAUUGACGUAACAUGGUAUAUUGUGAAACUUCUUCAACUUCUUGGUCUUGCCACAGAUAUUAAGCUUCCUAUUGAAACUCAUAAGCAACGCUUGACUUUUAAAACUGAGAAAAUGAUCGGAUCGUUGAAUCAUAGGAUCGUAGAAUCGUGUUUUGAUCCUACAAUCUAA